GCACUCUUCUUCUUUGAUAGAUGGUCAAACGUUGAGUCAAUCACUGAAUCAUCAUCUUAAGCGAAGCUUAGCAGUAGCAAUUCCUUGACUUCUGGCGGUUAGCCAUACAAUUUGAGGAUGGCAGAAGCUGCCAAACUUCCAGUCAUAGACCUCUCUUCACCCGAUCGCUUCGCUACCGCCAAUUCAAUUCGACAGGCAUGUGUGGAAUAUGGCUUCUUUUACCUUGUGAAUCAUGGAGUCGAGGAAGAGUUGCUUUCGAGAGUCUUCGAAGAGAGUAGUAAAUUCUUCUCCCUCCCUUUGGAUGAGAAGAUGAAAUUGCCUCGCAAGGAACACAGAGGUUACACGCCAUUGCACGCUGAGAAUCUCGAUCCUUCUUCCGGUUCCAAAGGUGACUCAAAAGAAGGCUUCUACAUUGGUCCUUUAGAGAAAAAUGCUAAUCUCAACCAGUGGCCCUCUGAAGAAGAUCUCCCAUCUUGGAGACUCACAUUGGAGGCUUACUAUAAUAAAGUUAUGUCUGCUGCAAAAAGACUAGUUUCUUUGAUUGCUUUGGCUCUGAACUUGGAUGAACAUUACUUUGAAAAAGUGGGAGCUUUGGACAACCCACAGGGCUUCCUUCGACUCUUACAUUAUCCAGGUGACCUGGGGAAUCCUGAGGAAGAAAUAUUUGGUGCUUCAGCACAUUCAGACUAUGGAAUGAUCACUCUUUUGGCAACUGAUGGUGUGCCUGGACUUCAGGUUUGCAGGGAAAAGUUCAAGGAACCACGUAUCUGGGAAAAUGUGUCACAUAUGCCUGGGGCUUUCAUAGUUAACAUUGGGGACAUGACUGAGAGGUGGACUAAUUGUUUGUUUCGGUCCACACUACACAGAGUGAUGCCAACGGGACAAGAACGCUACUCUUUUUUGGCUAUAACAUUGCAGUUGGCAUUCUUCUUAGAUCCUAACCCAGACUGCAUUGUACAAUGUUUGGAGAGUUGUUGCAGUGAAUCCUUUCCCCAAAGAUUUCCUCCAAUUUGUAGCGGAGAUUACCUGCAAGAGCGACUUAGGGUUACAUAUGGCUCAGAGAGUGAAGGAUGAGGUAUGAGAACUGCUAGAUGAUCUGAGGCUGUCUCUCUGCAUUUAAGAUUGGAAGUCAGAAUUCACCAGCUCUUGAACAGACAGGUGGAUGUUCUGGUAAUAAUGAAAUGACGAUGGUGCCUUAGGCGUGGGCACAUGGCUCAAUAUUGUGAUUGCAAGAUUGAGACUUUUUUUCAUUAACAAUCAUGUACAAAGUGAACCAAUAAUUUAUUCCGUUUAAUCUUGAACAUACAUACCCUUAAAGGUUGAUGAUUUAAUCUUUACUAUAAAAUUUCAUUCAAUGGCCUAUACCAAUAA